GAUUUGCAAAAUUCACUCGAAAGCCCUGAAUCGAAACGACGGUAUCACAACCCAGAAUAUAUAAAAUGAUGAAUUCUUCUCUCUAUUCUAAUGUCGCCAUCGCAACUACAACAUCAGAACUUCGGAAACAUCGCCUUUGCGAUUCAAUACACAAGGGUAAGCACAUGGCAUCCGGUAGAUCGCUUUCGCCUUCACGUAUUCCGUCCGCCAAAAAGAUGCCAAAGAAAAAUGUCGAUUCAUUUCCUCCAAAAGACAAGAAUGGAAGCCAUAGCGAACUUGGUCCAAGUAAAUACAAAGACAAUAAGAUCCGAAGGACUAAGCAACAACGAAAACAGCAAGGGAAAAAGAUCACAAUCUACACCGAUAGCGAUAAACCUGUUAGAAAUGCAAGGAAAUCUCCCCGGAUGGUUUCCUUCAACAAGAAUGUUAGGGUGCGAAGGAUCUCGUUGCUCGACCAUAUGCCGCGCGAAGACAUAGCAGCCACAUAUUACUCAAGAGACGAGCUUGUGAAUAUGUGCGAUGAGUUGCAAUGGCAGAUACAGAUUCUCGUUGAACAAGGCGUUGGCCUUGACGAAGAUGACGAAGACUAUCGCCGGGCCGAAACGACGACGACCGAAACCUAUCGGCUCUUGUUGGAAGAGCACUGGGACUACGAACACGAAGAAAAUGACUCCAGCUUUUGCAUGAGGGGCCUCGAACACGUGUUUCCCCAGGGAAAAGCUCGUCGCCAACGCAGCAAGACCCUUUCGCGUGGGGUAGUCCUAGAGAAGCAAAAAGUGCAACGUCUUCACCAAGAAUGGAAAGAGCAAAACGACACCGACGGUAAGGGCAAGCCUCGUGAGCCUCGUCAGGGAGCAGUUCCGGAAGAAGAUGAUUUCAGCAUGGUCAUUGCCGAAGCCUACCGUAUGAAAGCAAAACCAGCUCUGGAACUUGCGCUUCUAAAUGGAGCACGGGACGAGUUCAUCGCCGAUCGAAUCUACUCUGACGACGCCUAUGGCGACAACGAGGAGUUCAAAAGUGAUGUAUAUUUCGCACCCGUGGGCUCCAACUUAUGCCUUCAUCUAUCUGGGGAUAAACGAUGGUACACGUGAUCCUAAUUUCAACCAUACCCGACUGCUAAUUCAUCUUGAGGAAGAAUUUAAAGUUAAAACAACC